AUGGCUAAUGCCGCACUCCCUCCUCAUGAUCGUGCCUAUGGGGUUACUAACAUUAAAAACCACAUCCCUCUCAUCCUGGACAUCGAAGAUCACAACUACGAUGCAUGGCGUGAGCUCUUUCUCACACACUGCCAAAGCUUUGACGCCUCUGGUCAUCUUGACGGCACUCUCUUACCCGCAGAUGACAACGACACGAAGCAAUUCCAAUACACCUUCAAAACUGGCGGUACGUCCAGAGAGAUAUGGCUUCGCAUAGAGAAUUUCUUCAGAAACAACAAGGAAGCUCGCGCAAUCCAGUUAGAUCACAAUCUCAGAACAAAAGAGAUAGGAGACUCCUCUAUUCAUAACUACUGUCAGGACCUAAAGACCACGGCUGAUCUUCUUGCCAACGUCGAGGCUCCGGUCUCUGAACGAACCUUGGUGACUUACAUGCUCAAUGGCCUUAACGCUCGUUAUGAAAACAUCAUCAACGUCAUCAUGCACCAUCAACCAUUUCCAACGUUUGAAGAAGCACGCUCUAUGCUGAUCCUUGAAGAGGAGAGACUCACCAAAACAAAGAAGACAUCUCUGGUUAACAAUGAUUCUUCAUCCUCUGAGAAGAUCCUCAUGGCUGCAGUGACAAAACCAGAUCGCAAAGACCAGGAUCAGCCUCAACAAACUCAUCAGCGCAACAACUAUAGAGGCAGAGGGAGAGGCAACAACAGAGGUCGUGGAUGCAACUAUAACGGUCAAUGUCAACAGUAUCAGCAAUGGAACACUCCCAUGUGGACAAACAACUAUCCAAUGUGGCAGCAACAAUACGUCCCAUGGAACCCGUACCAACAACCUUCACUCAAUCAAGCUGGACUCCUCAGAUCACGUCCUCUCAUGGCGCAGCAACAACAACCGCAAGCUCAGAUGCCACCACAACAAAAAUUUGUACCAACGGUGGACUUUUCUCAAGCUUUCAACACCAUGACUCUCGUUGACCCCUCCGACAAUCAGUGGUACAUGGACUCAGGACCACUUCUCAUCUGUCCAACAGCGCAGGUAAUCUUACCACCACUUUUAAUUUACGCACCAACAAAGCGGUCACCGUUGGUAACGGUAGUAGGAUUCCAGUGA